AUGCUGCUCUGGUGCCAGUGUGGGCAGAAUGGACCGCCCUGUCCUGGGCCCUCCGGGGUCCUGCCCACCUGCAUCUCCUCCGUGUGCCCCCACGGUGGACUCUGGCCCGUGGGCACGGUGCCCGGUGCCGGGCCAGGCGGCGGUGGGAGGCCUGGCCGGAGCCGGCGGGCAGUGACCCGGUUCCCAAGCAGGCUUCCUGCUGCCGUGCCUGGGCCUGUGUGGUCCGAGUGCUCCGGGAUCAAGGGCUCCCCGGGCUCCCGCACCUGCGGCGCUCUGGGCUCCUUCAGGAAUGCGCUGGAGCUUGUAAUCAGCUUUAUUCCAGCGGCGCCGCACAAUGCCGCCCGGCCCCGCUCCGAGAGCCGAGAGCCCGGAGAGGAGCGUUUGUUCCCAGAUGAAUGGCCGGCCAGCGGCUGCCUCCCACGCCCGCCCUCGCCCUGCCCAGGACGCCCCCCUCCCCUGGGCUGCCAGAUGCCCUCCCCGGCCGUGCUGGAGUCUGUGCGCCCCAAACAGGGAGACCCAAGGAGCCCGGAGUUCAGGGCCCCCUCGCAGUCGGGACCCCAGCCUCUGCUGCAGGCCCUGAGCACUGCCUUGCUAGAGUCUGCGGGCCCCCUCCGCGGCAAAGAGGGCGACCCCAGCUCUGCGGGGUUCCAGCAACACCCACGUCAGCCUGGACCCAGUGGCCCUCCGAGCUCACCCGGACCCGGGGUGGUCCCACUUCCAGAGCUCUGCUUCCUCCUCCAAGGACCAAGUCAGGACCAGCGUCACUGGGAAACGAGCGCAGCUAGUGAGACUUUAUUCCGGGCGUGUGCCGUGCGAUAA